AUGGCUUCUGAUCAAAGAAGAAAGCGAUUAAAUGGUGCAAGCAUGGUUGGUUAUGGCUCUCUAGAGCAAUGUAGGACUAAAAGAAAGAAUUUUGGACCACCAGUGCAAAGUGAUUUAACCAUGAAAUCUCACAUUUCUGUUGAAUGGGAUGCCAAUCACCAAAGGGUUGUUGCCAAGCGGGAGCAGAUUGGCAUCAGUUGGAGACAAAUGAAACCAUUUGCCCGAUUUGAUCACAAUGGACAUGAAGUCUUGGCAGAUGUGCUUGCCAUACCUGAAGAGAUUUUUGACCUGGAUAGUUUAAGUGGAGUGCUUUCAAGCGAGGUUUGGAACACACACCUUUUGGACAAUGAGAGAGAUUUUCUCAAGCAGUUUCUUCCUGGUGACUUAGAGCCACACCAAGUUGUCCAAGAAUUACUUUCUGGAGAUGAUUUUCACUUUGGAAACCCUUUCUUGAAAUGGGGUGCUUCACUUUGUUCAGGUGAGCUUCAUCCAGAUAUGAUUGUUUACCAGGAGCAACAUCUAAAGUCUGAUAAGAGAGCAUACUUCUCGCAAUUACAGAAUUAUCAUAAGGAUAUGAUUGGAUUUCUAAUAAAGCUGAAGGAGAGGUGGGAGAGCUGCAAAGAUCCAGAAAAGGAAAUUCUACCAAAUACUCGGAGGUCAAAGAAUGAUAUAGAGAAAAGAAAACUGUCAAACUUAAAUGAAUUUAGAGAUGAUGAUAAUGAUGAGAAUAUUACAGUGACAUCUGAUUCAUAUUCCGUGGGUGCAGAGGAGAAAGCAUACGGUGACUGCCAAAUUUCCUCAAAGGGACAGGGCGAUGAACUUCAAAGAAGGGUGCUUGGCAAAGACUUCGAUAAAGGUAGUCCAAGAAAUAUGAUGGCUUCUUCAGAUUUUAUGCUUAAUGUGGGAGGAAAACCCAAGAAAGGAGGCACACUACCAAAGGAGAACAUUCAUGCCAGUGAUGGUGACAAAUAUAUGUCAUAUAUCAAGAUUAGCAAGAAGCAGCACGAACUUGUUAAGGGUUUGAAACUAUCAUGUAAAAGUAUCCCGGCUAGCACUCUUAACUGUGUUUUGGGUGACAUUGAUAACUUUAAUGCACAACCGUACAAUUUAUUUAUCAAAGAAGAACAGAAGAACUUGCAUGAGCAUUGGUUGCAGUUGGUGAAGAAACACCUCCCUGCAUCAUAUGCAAACUGGACAGAGAGACUGAUAGAGAAACGUGCAAUGAAAAAUUCUUUGUUGCUUGAGAUGAAAAAUAAGCCAAACGUACUGGUAGAGGAUGAGGAUAUUUUGUGCACAGGAUUCCAGGCCCAGGACAAAGAGGAUGGUGGUGUUAAUAAGCAGUCUAGCUUGGAAGAUGAAGAAGAUUCUAUUGUCAGUAUUCCAGAAAACCCAUCCCUCCAUAAUUCUUAUCACAGCGGCGAUGACGAGCUCCACCAUUUGCAUAUAGAUUCGAAAAAAGAUAUUUUAUCAAAAGGAGAUGAUGCUUUACACAACAUAACUGGCCUUUCAAGUAUUAUGAAUUGUCAGGAUGAUCCCAUUGAUGAAAGAGCUUCUUUCUCGUCUGAUGAAGAUUCUAUUGCUAGAUUCCAAGAGAACCCGUCUCUCCUUAAUUCUUAUCACAACGGUGACAAGGAGCUCUGUCGCUUGCAUAAAGAUUUAGAACAAAGUAUUUUAUCAAAAGGAGAUGAUGCUUCACAGAACAAAGCGGGGCAUUCAAGGAUUACGCACUUUCAGAAAGAUCCCAUUGGUGAAGAAGCUUCUUUCUCAUAUAACGAAGAUUCUAUUUCUAGAUUCCCAGAGAAUCCGUCCGUCAAUAAAUCUUAUAGUAGUGGUGAUGAGGAGCUUCACAGCUUGCAUAUAGAUUUGAAAAAAAAUAUUUUAUCAAAAGCAGAUGAUGCUUCACAGAACAAAACUGAACAUUCCAGGAUUAUGCACUCUCAGGACGAUCCCAUGGACGAAGGAGCUCCUUUCUCGUAUAAUGAAGAUUAUGUUGCUAGAUUCCCCGAGAAUUUGUCUGUCAGUAAAUCUUAUCAUAGUGGUGAUGAGGAGCUCCACCGCUUGCAUAUAGAUUUGGAAAAAGAUAUUUUAUCUAACGUAGAUGUUUCACAGAUAAAAACUGAGCAUUCAAGGAAUAUGAACUCUCGGGAUGAUUCCAUUGGUGAAGGAUCGUCUAACGGUCAUGCCUGGCAAGCAGUUGAAAUGCCACAUUCUUACUAUGAUUUAGCUGCGACCCACAACUACUCUGAUGGUGGGUUAUCUCUGGUAAAUUCACAAAUUAACCUAGAUAAACAAAUUCAAAUGAUUGGUCCAGAAUCUAAUUUUCAUCAAGAAGACACUGGUAAGGAGUUGUUACACAGGCAGUCAGCUGAUGGUUCCUUCAGUUCUUACAGAAGCCAGGAUCAAGUCGGUUUGAUUCAGUCUCUCAUCAAGGAUAAAGGGGUUAACUCCUAUCAUCACGAACAAAAAAGAGCUGGGUUAAUUUUCCAGGCUUCAAAUGAUGUUCCGAUGGUUGAUGGUCAAUUUUCUAGUCAUUUUAAGGAGUCGCUGCAAACAUCUCUGACAUUGGAUCAAGGUCAGAGACAAGCUGGUAACUUUUAUGUGCCAGAAAAUGUACCAGGUAAUAUUUAUUCUGAUGCAGGAAGAUACUCAAUCACCAGGCAAGAUCCAUUAUCUGCAGGAAAUAUUUCUGAUUGGGCUGUUAAUGCCCCUCGCAUGGUGACACCCUCUCAACCUCAUGUAAAUACUGGAGAUUUCAUUGGCCAGCCUUGGUUUUCUUCAGACCAUCAAGUUCAGGGUGCCUGGAACGGAUCUGGCAAUGUGAGUCUACCUAGUCAGAGUCUUGGCACUGGAGGGAACUCCGAUCAAAGCUUAUAUAGUCUUCUAUCUCAGCGUAACCAAUUACAUUCGGGUAGCCCUUAUGACUCAAUCAGACACACUGACCAGUUUCUUUCGCCCAGAACCUAUGGAGUAGUAGAUGCAAGUACACAUAGGAUCAAUGCUGUUGUACCACCAUCUUCUAAUCCACUAGAUUAUUUGAAUGGACGUGAUGCGCCUGGUGCUCUAGUGCCUGAUGAUAUGACAUGGAUGAGCUUGCCUCCUCAGAAUCAUGCUUUAAAUGAUCAAGUGGCGAAAGCAUACUUGAGGUCAUGGAACCGGUAA